GGCUUUCCAAUUGCGAAUUUCAAAUCAUUUCCAUUUUGGCGGCUCCAGGUUUCAGACUCUAUCUCUAUUCCGAAAAGUUGUUCUUGUGUGGUUGAUAAGAAACUUCAGCAGCAUCAUCAGCGUCAUGUCCACACCCGUCGGUCCGGAGCCCAGCAGCCUGAUCUGCCCCAGCUGCCGCCAGAACGUGACCACGCGCACCGAGCCAAAGGCCUCGACCAAGACGCACUUGAUUGCGCUGAUCAUGUGUCUGACCUGCCUCUUUCCCUGCGCCUGCUGUCUGUACUGCACCGAAUGUGCUCGCAACACGGCACACUUCUGCCCCUCCUGCAACGCUUAUAUUGGAUCCUACGAGCGUUGAGCCCUGCCCUGCAUUCCCUGUUCUGCUGCCCAGCAGCCCUGCCGGAAUGCUGCGCUAUUUUUCUUUAUCGCAAUAGUAUUUUUGUAUAUGUCGUUGCCU